UCGAUAGGCGUCUUACCAUCCCUACCACCUACGCGAAAGGUUUUGUCUUGUUGCUUUGUGUGAUUCUCGAAUCACUCUUCUGCGUCUGCGUCCCGUUCUCGUGGCCAAAAAGAAAGGAAGUCGAUCAAACCAUUUUCAUUUCUCGUUCGUACUCGAGUAAAUUUAAAUUAAAAUAAAAAUGUCUCGCAGUUCGUACCUGCUGUGUUUGCUGUUUUUAGGCGCCAGUUGCAUGAUUUUUAGUGCGAGUGCAGCGCGGAAUUAUCGGAGGGGUUACAAGACCACUGAGCCACCCACAACGACGCCACCCCCAUUGACGCCCAAGGAAUAUUUGGACAGCCGACCAGGAAUCUCAACUUUCGGCAUCAUCGCUAUAAUCUUCACAGUUAUCGUUCUGUGCCUGAUUUUCUACUACGGCAUUAUUUGUUACCCCUUGCUCUGUCGCGAUGAGAAGAAAUAUCGGUUUAUGGACGUAUCCUCGACGAUUACCGCCGCCACAUCGCGUUCUAUUCAGUCCAUAGAGAAUUAUCCCGACCAGAAACACCACCAUACGUUGGCCUGAUUUAAGGUCUAGAUAUAGAGGAUCGUGGUUUAGUUGUACUUUUAUUUAGUAAUUCGAAAAAGACUUAUGCCAGCCAGAAAUGAAAAUCCAUACAGAUUUUAGGUCCUAAGACUAACUGACAAGAAAUAUCUCAAAUUGUGAAAUUUUAUUUUCGAGAUUGUGGAAAAAGAAGACUUGACUUAUAUGGUUUAGGGUUAUUCGUUUGGAAAAUAUAUUAUCUCAAGUAGAGUCAAAGUUUUAAUAGUUGUGACGAAGAAGUUACAGAUAAAAAAAAAUCUUGAUUUUUUAAAGAAUAUGAUUUCGUGUAAAAUUAAACAUUUCUUGACAGUUAAUGUUAGGUCUACACGUAGCAAUAACCAGUUGAGGAGUUUGCUGGAAAGGGAAUUAAUCAUUCAUAAUUGUAAAUUGGGUUUCCUUCGCAUCUCCGACCGUUUCUUUAUCUGUUGUUUCUUUUAAUCCCAGGCUCAACAAGUUUUGCCUGUCCUCCGACCAUUUCUCUCUUCUCCCUUCUUCUUUUUAUGCAGGUAGUUUUAGCCGUUUACCAACCGAUUUGUUCCUUGCCCGUUUAUUUUUUGGACAAAGCCUAAGUGUGGCAAUUGAGUCACGUUACUUGGUUCUUUCUUACGAAGCCCAAAAAAUUUUGCCGCUCUUUUAUAACGUGUUCUUUUAGCCCAAUUUGCAUACUGAAUCGAAUCGUAUUAACCGACGAACUCUUUGUGAUGCCUCGAAUUUUCCCAUACGCUACUAAUGCAAGUCCCCAUCCCUUCAAUCACAGGUUGUACUUAAAUGGAAACCAAGUACUUAAUAAAUAUAUCAUGCCAAUCAUAGUAUAAGCGCCAAUCUGCCACCACGAAUACAUUUAAGAACUCUUCAAUUUGUGCAUUUAGACCAGAAUGAGUAUCCUUCUAUACAUUGUGUCAAAAUACGUCUUUAGACGUUACUUUUAAUUAAGACUAUCCAAUUUUAUAUAUACAAAUCUUUUUUGGACAUUUUAUGCCAAUUUUUACAUAGAAUAAAAGUUUUUGCCGUAGCCAACGGUAUAACGA